AUGGUUUCUGCCAAGGAGCCAACGAUCGCUAUGUUUUCGGGUCUGUCGAUCAUCUUCGUACACUUCCUGUGCUGGGCGACUUGUCUCACCGCGCUCCCGGGACAGCUCAGAAAGGAAGAAAAAUUAUGGCCGGAGAAUUUUACACGCAUCCUGGACCGUCUCCUGGAUGGCUAUGACAACAGGCUGCGUCCUGGAUUUGGGGGUCCUGUUACUGAAGUCAAAACAGAUAUCUAUGUCACAAGUUUUGGACCUGUUUCUGAUGUAGAAAUGGAAUACACAAUGGAUGUUUUCUUUCGUCAGACAUGGGUAGACAAGAGAUUAAAAUAUGAUGGUCCCAUUGAAAUUCUAAGAUUAAACAACUUGAUGGUUAACAAAGUGUGGACCCCAGAUACUUUCUUUCGAAAUGGAAAAAAAUCUGUGUCUCAUAACAUGACAGCCCCAAAUAAACUAUUUAGAAUUAUGAGAAAUGGCACCAUUCUCUAUACAAUGAGGCUCACCAUAAGUGCCGAGUGUCCCAUGAGAUUGGUGGACUUCCCAAUGGAUGGACAUGCUUGUCCGCUAAAAUUUGGAAGCUAUGCAUAUCCAAAGAGUGAAAUGAUCUACACCUGGACAAAAGGGCCAAAACAUUCAGUGGAAGUCCCUGAAGAGUCUUCCAGUUUAGUUCAAUAUGACCUGCUUGGACAUACAGCAUCUACUGACACAAUUAAAUCCAUCACAG